AAUAACUAACUUAGACUUAAAUAGUUCGUUAUUUAAAUAAGUUUAGUUGGUUGGGCAAGCUGCAAGGUCAGCCUUGGUAGGCGUAACUACUAAAUACUAUUAUAUCUAAUGGCUGAAGGAGGACUGGUGGCUUGUGUUCGGUUCCUGAGGAUCAAAAAAUAAAAUAAAGUAGUUAUUUACAGCGAAGUGCGGCCCUUGGAAUAAUAUAAUGGUUUCUCAAACAGCUUGCAACAAAUUAAUAACCUUUAGCCAUAUAUAUUUCAUUCGACAAACCGAGAGCACAUGUUGAGUAAAUAAAUACUUCUCAUAUUUAACGUAGGUUUUGUAAUGUUGACACUUGUAGUUCCCCGUUAUGUAGUUAUUUUAACUAACUACUCCGUACAUUGUUUGCGGAGAACUAAUAAUAAUUAAUUGUUACUUCUCCUCUCUUUUCGCCACAACCACAAUCCAACAAUGUUUCCUCCGCUCCGUUUCUAAUCUCCUGCGGGCUCUUCAGCAGGUAGUCCUUUGAGCAUGUCUCUGUCUCGACCUUUCUGUCUAAGGCGAGCUGCCUUCGACAAGCUUGCGGACUUGGCCACGAGCUGCCCGGAGAGUGACGGCGGCAUCGUAUCAGACGUUGAUCGCCUGGGGAGGGCCUGCCAUCGCCCUAAGUUGAUCUCAGGCGGAUAUCUCGACGGUGUUUCUAAAGGCUGCAGUACUCCCCCUUCGCCCCUGACCAUUCGGGAAUUGGAUGCCCUUUUGGCGCUUUGUAGAGCGGCCUCCAAGUUGUCGUCUCCUAAACAUGCCGCGAAAUUGGUCUCCCAACUGGCUGGAUAUCUCCCCCAUUCUCAUCUCCUCCUACUUUACCCAUCUCCGUUCCUCUAUAGCAUCAAACCGUCUCCAUGGGAAGCCUUGACAUGUAAUCUCACUCUAUCCCUGUUAUCGCUUGGCUCCCGAAUUCCGCGUCACCGGGACGAUAUCCUCCAGGGUCUCACCUCCUACCUCGAAAAUUGCCUCCAUGCUGCAAAGUCCCUCCCCGCUCUGCGGAACCACGCGAAUGGCGAAAAGGAGCUGGGAGAUUUGCAGGCUGUCGUGGAUGUGGCAUCGAUUACGCUAUCCCUUGUGGGGUUCUUAGAAGCCGCUUCUGUUCAUGCCAGCUUUUGGACACCGGCAGAACGACUCCAGGUCGCCAAUCGGUUGCGGCUGAUUCUUUCAGAGCAGUUUUUGAUCACUGUUGAGACUGUCUCUUCUAUGCUCCGUAGCUCUGAAUCCUCCAAUCACAUUUUGCUGGGUUGGCGACGAUAUGCUCGCCGCUAUGCGUCCGAAGGGCGCCCACUUGGCGCAAUGCUGCUACAACGGGGCUUUAUGCGGUUUAUUAAGGCUUCAACAUCGCCUGCUGGUGCUGAUGGUCGAAGUAUUUCCGACAGCGCUCUCCUGGAUCAGUAUCUGAACGGCAUUCCACUAACCGAACAGGACCGCGAUGACAAACUCAUCCUAGUCAAUCCCUUCGCAGAAAUAAUCGCCGAGCAGAUGCAACAACUCGAGGAUGGAUCUGAUUAUCUACAACUCGGCUCGGCAUGGCAGCAACGGCUAGCAUUCUCUGUGAAAUUAAUUGCUAUAGUCAGCUUCCUCAAUUGCGUCAUUCUGGAUGAAGACUCGGCCGACCCUGACCUUCUUCUUUCAUGGCUAGAAGAUACGCUGCUCAAUCCCGAUCAAAUGGCCGAUCAGGAGCUCGCAGAAGUGGCCCUCAAAUCCCUAGCAAUCUUAGCAAAGCUAUUUUCUACCAUGACUUUAAAUACAACCCGCUGUUUCCUCAAAUUCAUCGUGCAUAACGGACAAAGCGGCGCCACCGUAGUAACCGCCGCCCGUUGCUUGGCUGAUACCCUUCGUCUUCUCUCACAGGACACCAUCAUUGGUAUGCUGUACACCUUAGGGAACGUUCUUAGUGCUGGCCCACCAGCUACAGACAAAUCACACCAAACUACUGCCAAUGGGAUAGGUUCUCAUACUCGAGGCUUGGCUCCACCGUAUCCUCAAACUGCGAACGGUAGUGUCAUAUCUCUCACGUUCGAUGAGGAUGCCGAAACAGCAAUUACCUACCGAAACGUGGUACAUGCAAUAGUCACGAUCUCUACAAGCUGCGGCGAUAGUAAAAUUGUGGCAUUGGCCCAGUCGAUGCUGUUACAGAAGAUCGGGAAAAUAAACGCAGUCGUCAACGCCUGUAUCAUCGAAGAAACCGCUGCGCUAGCCCUCCAUAGUGACGAGGCAGAAUUUCAAGUGCUUCUCAAAUUCUAUUCCCGUAUUUACAGCGAAGCCCUUGUCCAAGGGAAUGCCCUCAUCCUUGAUGCGGUCCAUAAGGCGAGAAACCAUCUAGCAGGAAAUAUGGAUCGACAAUCAUUCCAUUAUCGAGUGUAUCUAGUCUAUCUCCUCGAAAGUAUUGUUAAUAAAGGCGAUGUGGCUGACAGAGAGAAGGACCGCCAGAAGGUCGUGGAGUUAUCUGCAGAAGAAAUCGUCCCUUUGAUCAAACCACUUGCUAUCCCAUUUUCAAGAAGUCAAUCCAACUGGGAUGCUCUUGUCGGUGGGGGGGAGCAUGAUAUACCCUCCCUGCUUCGUGAUGUGUGGUUUAAUAUUGCGGCCCAUGGCAUUUCGCUGCGUUCAGAAGUUACUCGACAAUAUUACCAGGAACUCCGCAUCCUUGCAAUUCACUCCCCUCCGCUAGUUGCGGAAAAUCGCGCUGAGCUGCUGGAGAGCGAUAUUGAGUUGAACACUGUGCUGAGACGAGGAGCAACCCAGAACCACGCUGCAGAUCAACGAAAGAGCCUCGCCUUGGAGGUUCCACAUCUGGAAUACGAUAUCAGGCGGUUGAGCUAUCCGAAAACAGUCUUUUUGAACGCCACUUUACUGAUUGAGAGCCUGCGGGCUGCAUCUGGGGACUGCACCAAAGUUCUAACUUAUUUCCUCGACCCUGCCCUUAACAGUACGGAUGUCGGCAGUUGCAUGAACGCUAUUGCAGACAAAGUUGUGUCAAUCUACCUUGAAAAAGCUCUAUCUGGAUCUGCAAAAUUCUCAGCCGCGCAUAUUUCUGGGCAGCUGGCAGACACACUUAUGGCCUGUUGCCAUCGAAUCGAAAAAAUACAGCAGGUUGCUGCAGCCACUGCCAGCAAAAUAAUCAAUCAAUGCCCCUCUUCUCUGUGCCAAAAACGAUCUCUUUUUGUCCUUUUGGAUCUAUUGACUAUCAUGUGGUCAUCGUGCUUAGACGAGGAACUCGACGAGUUCGAGUGGAAAUCUACUUUCACCUCCACGAGGGGCGUCGUUAAGGUCGAGUUAUCAGAUAACUACGACUUUAGGAGGCUCACUUUCACCACUUUUUAUAGAUUGGCACAAACAUGGGUAUCGACAGUCAUGAAUAUUGCGCCGUUGGAUGUUAAGGGCUUGCUCCAAACCUACCUUUCGGAUUACGAGGACGACGGCGCCUAUGGCCAUAUCUCUAUCGGCCGUUCAUUCGCCUUGGAAAUGGGUUCUGCUAUUCCAUCCAGUGAUCAAAGAUUAGGCUCCAUCGAGGGUAAUGAAAAUUCGAUCGUAAACGUGGCUUCCGAUUUUAUUGCUCAGUAUACAACCCGCCAGGAGUAUCGCUAUUCCGAGGCACCAAGUUUACACUAUCAGGGAUGGGCACUCCCCCUUAACCAAAUUUCUAGAGACGAUUCGACCGCUUCGACACACCUAGAUACCAUUCAGGACACGCUGUCAAUGCUCGUCGAGUUGGAAUCCCGAAUAUCUAACGGCCAACCCGUCAUGCUAGAGCAGUGCCGGAAUCUUCUUCGCAAAGCUACUGCGCUGAUCUGUAGCGCUAGCGAAUCGCAAACCAUUAUCAUCUCACACCUCGUUAAUAUCCCAUUCCAGAUGUUUACAAGAGAGUCGAUCAAAAUGGGCAUUUCUUUAUGGCUGGGCGCGAUCCAUGAGAAUCCACAAACCGAGUCAAGGAUACUGACGGAAGUUGCACAAGCGUGGGAGCGGACCAUUCAGAGGAAGUUGGGGAUCUUCAACCCUAAUUUCAAAUUCGUUGACCCAUUCAUGACCAAAACGGAGUUUUCUCCAUCGGAUAAAUCCAUAGUCCUCAAACGCCAGCGGAAAGCGCAGAAUAUCAUAUCGCCACACUUUCGUAUCCUUCAGUUCUUCGAAAGCCACUUUAAUGCCACUAGACUUGGUAGUGUCCACACCCAACGCAUAUUUAGUCGUCUUGUAGGAGUCACUUUGGUUGAACUACAAAAUACCACCGGCCACCCACUUGCGCGUGAAAUUCAUUUCCACAUCGUCUUGUUUGGCUUAAAGGUUCUCCGAUAUUGUACGUCGCAAACGAAAAUUGCUUUAUGGAAAUUGAAGGAUCAAAUCCUUUCUGCUGCUUUGAGCUGGUUCAGCCAUCCGCCUAGGUGGUCCCUAGGCGGUAACCGCCUACAGAUGAAGGCUGAAGACAAGGUUCUUCAGGAUAUUGAGUCGCAUCUUGAAAGCACAUCCCGUAUAGCCACAGGGGCAUCCGCCGCGAGGAAAUCCCUCCAAGCCAAACAAGAAUUAGUCCGGCUACUUAUUGAAAACGAGCGAUUCCGACUACGAGUAUGGCUUUUCCCAUUGGAGCAUGAGAGACGGAAUUAUAUUUCAAGCUCAGGGAAUAAGGUCGAUCCCGAGAUUAUUUCGUCCCUGAUGAGGCUAGCAUGGGCAGAAAACCAUGGAUUAGCCCUACAACUCGCAAACCGGUUCCCCUCGCCAAAGCUUAGAAGCGACGCGCGCUGGCUGUUGCUCAACUUUCCAGAGAAGGCCAUUGGCGAUCCCGAUAGCCUGAAUAUACUCCUUGGAUCCGAGCUACCUCCUGAUGUGUCGUUUCAACUCAAGUAUCUUCUUUUCUGGGCUCCCGUAAACCCUAUUGAAGCGUCAACAUAUUUCUUACCAGUUUAUGGAAACCACCCAUUUAUCCUACAGUAUGCCGUGAGAUCACUGGAAAGCCAUCCUGUGGAGGUGAGCUUUUCCUACAUCCCACAGCUUGUCCAAGCCCUGCGAUAUGAUGCCUUAGGCUAUGUUGAGCGGUACAUCUUCGAGACUGCACAGCUAUCACAGCUUUUUGCCCAUCAGGUUAUCUGGAACAUGAAAGCGAAUGCUUACAAGGAUGAAGAUUCUCAGAUUCCUGAUCCUAUCAAACCUGUCCUGGACCAAUUCCUUGACAAGCUUAUCGGUCACUUCUCCGAGGAAGAUCGUGCCUUCUACGAGAGAGAAUUCUCUUUCUUCAAUGAAAUCACAGGCAUCUCUGGAAAACUACGACCUUACAUUAAACGAAGCAAGCCAGAGAAGAAGCAGAAAAUUGAGGAGGAACUGCGUCAGGUCAAAUUAGAAGUUGGGGUGUAUCUUCCAAGUAAUCCAGACGGAGAAGUGAUCGGGAUUGAUCGAAAAUCUGGAAAGCCCUUACAGAGUCACGCAAAGGCUCCGUUCAUGGCGACAUUCCGGAUUAGAAAGACCAAAAAGGUGGAGGAAAAUGGCAAUGGGAAUGGUCCUAUGAUGCUAGAGGUUAAGGCAGAUGCCUCACAGCGCCAAGCAAGUGUUGAUGACUCGGUGCUGCAGACUGCUGAUGCCCAAGAAUCUCAAUCAACGUACGAGGUCUGGCAGUCAGCCAUCUUUAAGGUAGGCGACGAUUGCCGCCAGGACGUACUGGCGCUGCAAAUGAUCGCAGCUUUCCGGAGUAUUUUCAUGGGUGUUGGCUUGGACGUGUUUGUAUACCCAUAUCGCGUCACGGCCACAGCACCAGGUUGUGGUGUAAUUGAUGUGCUCCCUAACUCUAUUUCACGAGACAUGCUUGGUCGCGAAGCCGUCAAUGGCCUCUACGAUUACUUCGUUUCCAAGUAUGGCGGUGAACAAUCUACCCGCUUCCAAGAGGCAAGAAGCAACUUCGUCAAGAGCAUGGCUGCCUACUCUGUCAUAUCCUACCUUCUCCAAUUCAAAGACCGCCAUAACGGAAACAUUAUGAUCGAUGACGCUGGCCAUAUCAUCCACAUCGAUUUCGGCUUUUGUUUCGACAUAGCACCAGGUGGUGUUCGAUUCGAGCGCGCGCCUUUCAAGCUCACCUCUGAAAUGGUGGCCGUAAUGGGAGGGCAGAGCAGCUCGGGUGGUUCGUCGUCAACGAGCGGCGAUAGCGGUGGGAUUUCUCUUGGUGGUCACAACCCAAUGAAUUCGCAGUCAUACCGUUGGUUCGAGUCACUUGUCGUUAAAGCCUUCCUUGCUUCCAGACCGUUUGCAACCAAGCUAUCACACAUUGUCACGCUGAUGCUUGACAGCGGGCUGCCGUGCUUUAAGCCUGACACGCUGAAAAACUUCCGCGACAGAUUUGUCCUUGAAAAGACUGAGCGCGAGGCUGCCGAACACAUGCGAGAACUCGUGAAGAAGAGCUACAUGAGCGUGUCGACGAAAGGCUAUGAUCAGUUCCAGAUGCUGACAAACAAUAUCCCUUAUUAAAACUUUGUUCUCUCCGAGUAACGUGGGAUUUUUCUGACGAUUCCCACAAUCAACGUGUUUUCUCUCUGCCCUAUUUCUUUCGUUGACAAGCGGCUAAGUCCAACUUCACUUGCUGCAUAUUUUGGUUUGUUUCGUUUUUUAUUCUCCCUCUCUUGAAAGUACCUCAGCUAGCUAGUCAAAUUUAAUAACCCUCGUUUUCCUUCCAAGGGGUUCGGUUCUCCUUUGCUUUCUAUUAUCAUAGACUAAAAUCAUCGCUUCAUCAAAUGGGGAUUCCCUUGUACAUUUACUUCAAUGAAGUUUGGGCCAAUCUGUUCUAUACAUCUGUGAUCGGAUAGAAUGUCCCCACACCAAGGUGGAUUGAUGUCGUGUUCUACACCUAGCUACAGGUAGUAAUAUAUAUAUACAUUCAUAUUUAUUUGAUUUCUUCGUAGGAAAUAAAA